AUGAACAGUCUCUGGAGCUGUUGGGUGAUUUUGGACGGGUCCUCGAGUCCAGAAAUUGACAACGUUGGGUCUGAGAGAUAUUCCAGAGACGUGGCACAGUCGCCGGUUUCCAUUCUCAGGCUCUCCAGCAGCAGAUUGGACGCCAAAAACAUCAGCUUUGGUCUGGCGAUCUGGGUCUCAAAAACCUUGGCGUCGAUCGACUUGGACGUGAUAAUGGAGCUCAACACAUCCUUGUGCAACUUCUCGGUGUGUUUAGAAGUUCCUCUUCUCAAAACCGUGUUCAUGUCGAUCGAAGUCUCUGUUCUGUUCCAACUCGGUAGGCGUUCUUCUGACUUUCUGGAACAGAAUGGUGAUGGCAAGGAUAUUGAUGGAGCUGUCUUUGAAUUCGGUAGCAAUCACAAGAACUGCAGCAAUCACGUUUCUGUAAAUCAACGGGAGAACGUCAACAGAGUACGAGCCAUCUUCCGUCAUAGCAGAGGUGGGGAUCUCGUUAGAUGUUGA